CAUCUACCAGUAGGAGCGCACGUGAUCAGUCACGACACGCGCGUCACGCGGCACAAGAAGACCGGACUGUAGAGAUCUCAACUCUGAUUCUGACUUUAUUUCAACAUGAAACUACUCGUUUUCACUGUUGCAUUGUUUCAAUGCGUUUGUUCAACACCUCUGUUUACAGAAGAAGAUGAAUAUGUCUUCAAAACCUGGAUGGCAGAGCACAAUAAGCAGUAUGGUCUGGAUGAGUAUUAUUACAGACUGCAGAUCUUCAACGAGAAUAAGAAGAAAAUCCACGCACACAACGCUGGAAAUCACAAAUUCCGAAUGGGACUGAACCAGUUCUCGGAUAUGACUUUUGCCGAGUUCAAGAAAUUUUAUCUUUUGAACGAACCUCAGGAGUGUAACGCUACCAAAGGGAAUCAUGUUCGAGGUGUGGCCUUGUACCCAGACUCCAUCGACUGGCGGAAGAAAGGAAACUUUGUCACUGAAGUGAAAAAUCAGGGUGGUUGUGGUAGCUGCUGGACUUUCUCCACCACGGGCUGCCUGGAAUCUGUAACGGCAAUCACCACGGGGAAACUCCCUUUACUGUCGGAGCAGCAGUUGGUGGAUUGUGCCGGUGCGUUUAACAAUCACGGCUGCAACGGUGGACUUCCCAGUCAAGCGUUUGAGUACAUCAUGUACAACAAGGGUCUAAUGACGGAGGAAGACUACCCUUACAUUGGUAUAGACGGUAAAUGUAAGUACGAUCCUAAGCUUGCUGCUGCUUUUGUGAAGGACGUGGUGAACAUCACAAAAUAUGACGAGACGGGGAUCGUGGACGCCGUGGCCAGGCUCAACCCCGUCAGCAUCGCUUUCGAGGUGGUGUCCGAUUUUAUGCACUACAAAGACGGAGUGUACACCAGUACCAUGUGUCACAACACUACCGACACUGUGAAUCACGCCGUUCUCGCUGUGGGUUAUGCUGAGGAGAAUGGCACCCCCUACUGGAUUGUCAAGAACUCUUGGGGAAACACUUGGGGCAUUAACGGAUAUUUCUACAUCGAAAGAGGAAAGAACAUGUGCGGUCUUGCUGCUUGUGCAUCAUAUCCAAUAGUCUGAAAUAUUCCAGC